UAAUAGAUGCAUAGUUAAUACGAACCAAUUGUGGAGAAGUUUGUGUAAGAAAAUUCUUUACCUCAGUGUGGGCGCAAGUUCUGGAAAAAAAGUAACUUUCGUUGCUAGAUGUAUAGUAAAUACGAACCAAUUGUGGAGAAGCUUGUGUAAGAAAAUUCUUUACCUCAGUGUGGACGCAAGUUCUGGAAAAACAGUAACUUUCGUUGCUGCACUGUUGACUAACCAUCGAUAGUAUAUAGAAAUAAAUAAACGUUUUUAGAUUAAAUGGCGUCCCUAAUUUUCACAAUAACUGAAGAACAGGAUAGAGAAAAAGAUGUAGGAAUGCAGCCCGCAACUGAUUUUGUUAAUAAAGCUUAUGAAAACGAUUUAGACACGGAUGAUAUUAACAAGACAGUUGAAUCUCAUGAGAAGUCUGACAGUGUAGAAACAGGAUACCUACGUCAGGCAACAAGGCCCAAAAGUUUUACUGAUAGAAUAUUGAUUCACGUUACACCUUACGUGAAAAAAAAUGGUAAAAGAAUCUUGCUGGGAGUGAUUUUUGUUUUGUAUAACAUCUACUUAGGGUUUGCUGUUUCUUUAUCCUGGAAAGAAACGUCUACUUGGUGUGACGGAGUAAAGUUUUUAGUCAUUGUAACUGCAGUGGCUUACUUUCUGAUGCUCUAUUAUCUCUUUCUCAAGCGCUGGGUUUUUGAACCUACUUUUAAUUUUAUGGCAAAGGUUGUGAGAAGGAUUCCCUACACAUGGGUGGCCUGGAUUUUUGUGUUUGGGGGAUUAGUUGCGUUUUUGAUCGUUGACACCAAAGACAACCGGAAACGACUUGUGUCUGCUGGAGGACUUCUUGUACUACUAGUUGUAGGCUAUAUCUUUUCAGCCCAUAGGAGAAACAUUAUUUGGAGACAAGUUUUAUGGGGUGUUAUGCUACAGUUCGUUUUUGGCCUCAUCAUUUUGCGGUUGCCAGUUGGAAGAAAAAUAUUUAAAUGUUUGGGAGACAAGGUCGAAACCUUUUUGUCAUUUACUGAUGCCGGCUCCUCGUUUGUGUUCGGCUACUUGGUUACCGGAAAACUAGAGGGCGUAUCACAAACUCAAGCGGGAAUAUUUGCUUUUAAGGUGAAACUCAUAAUUUAUUGGGUUUUUUCAGAUAGAUGUGCUAUGAAUGGGUCAUUUUUGGUCUAUGUAAAUACCUAUUUAUUUGUGACUGUUACAUAUAGGAAUGUUAAUUAUUGGUAUGUGACUGGAAAAUUAUCAAUAAUGUGUGUUAUAAUUAUCAGAAUUAUAUAUAAGACGGAGGCGCCACUCAUGAUUAAACCUUAUCUCCCACUACUGACGAAAUCUGAAUUACACGCUGUGAUGACGGGAGGAUUUGCCACCAUCGCGGGGACGGUGUUAGCCCUCUAUAUUAACAUAUUUGGAGUUAGUGCUAGUCAUUUACUGUCAGCUUCAGUUAUGUCAGCCCCUGCAGCCCUUGCAUACUCUAAGUUAUUCUACCCAGAAACAGAGCAAAGCAAAACCAAGGCACACGACAUCGUAAUCACUAAAGGAUCGAGAACUUACCGUCCCUCGUUCAGGCAUUGGCUCGGCCACUUACAGUCUUGGCUACGUCACUGGAUGCAAGCACGAAUGGGAAUUCAUGCUUUACUAUUAUCAGACACCACCCAUGGGAUUCUGAGGCCUUUCAGAAAUCGUCAUUUGCACUCGGUAGAUAGCUUUAAAAAACAAUGUAAAGGGCAUAGCUUGAAUUCUUACUUUUACAGUACAGAAACUAAUGCCUUGAGUUCUUACUUUUACAGUACGGAAACUAAUGCCUUGAAUUCUUACAUUUACAGUACGGAAACUAAUGCCUUGAAUUCUUACUUUUACAGUACGGAAACUAAUGCCUUAGAAGCAGCAGCGAAUGGUGCAAGCUCGGCAAUAAAAUUAAUUGCCAACAUUAUUGCCAAUCUGGUUGCAUUUGUCGCCUUUGUGGCAUUUUUGGAUGCAAUUAUGCAAUGGUGUGGGAAACUAAUAGGCUGGGAGUUUCUAACGUUCGAGUGGAUUCUGUCAAAAGUCUUCAUGCCGCUAGCAUUCCUAAUGGGAGUUGACUGGUCAGAAUGUGGCGAAGUUGGACAGUUGCUCGGUCUUAAAACUAUAGUUAACGAAUUCGUUGCUUAUCAGAAACUGAAAGAAAUGAACGAUCAAAAUCUGCUAUCUAUCCGGUCCGACGCCAUAGCAACGUACGCUCUCUGCGGAUUUUCUAACAUAGCAUCUAUAGGAAUCACACUAGGUGGCCUGGGAGCAAUGGCUCCUGAGAGAAAGCCAGAAUUAGCCCAGCUUGCUGUUCGGGCUAUGUUGGCCGGUUCUGCAGCUUGUUUCAUGACUGCCUGUGUUGCAGGUACACUCUUGGAAGAAGCGGUUUUUCCAGCCACGUGAGCAAUGUCUGUUAAUCCGAUACAAGUUGUUAUUUUCUUUAACUAUAAGAAGUAUUUUUAUCAAUAUUUACUCCGUGUGUCUUCACCAAACACGUUGGUGGUUUUAAAUUUAUUAUUUUGAUAUAACUGACGAACAAAUGUUUAAAAAUGCCGUCUAUUUUCCCCACACUAAAAUAAAAAGAAUUUACUUUGAAGAAUUUAAACAACCAAUGAUGACAUUAUGAAUAUGAAACCUCAGUGACAACAGGCCCUAAUUUACACAUUGAUUAAUUGGUUUAUAAAGUGCUCCAUAGAUGUCGCCAGUAUAGCAAAGCAGUUUAUUUACAAGUCAUGAUGAGUACAAUGUUUAAUGGGUUUUUAGAAGAUGUUUCUUUUAAACGCAUCGUUCUGUAGGUAAAAUAUUUGAGCAAUAUUAUCCAUUAAAUAAAGUAAUUCAAAACGACCCUAACUGCAGUCUACCACCUUAAAGCUUCACAUAUUUUUUGAGUAUAUAACCUGCUCCUUUUGAGCUUUAAACGCGUGUUGUGAAUAUGAUUUAAUAUAUAAUUUUACAGGAUUUCGAUACAAUUAUUUAGAUUUCAAUAAUUAACUGUAAAAAACUGUUACACACGCAUUUUGAUUCAUAUAUUUGUAUAACUAUAGCGUUUGGCAAGAGUUGAUAAAAGUUACCGUGGAGCCGGGCGUGGCCUAGUGGUUCGAUCGUCGGACUUUGGAUUCAAAGUUGAUGUUUGUGUCUCUUUGCUACAAAAUAUAAAUUUUAAAAAAUUCCACUUUUCGAUCAGAUAAGAGUAGUAAAAGAGUUGGCGGUGGGUGCUGUUGAUUAGCUGCCUUCCCCCUAGUUUGUUAUUUCAAAAUUGGUUACGGCUAGCGCCGAUAGCUCUUGUGAAGCUUUGCGCAGAUAUCCGAAACAAACAAACCGUGGUUACCAUAAUGUUGCACCUUUUUUACCUUCCUAAUGCCCCCCAGUGGCACAGCGAUAUGUCUGCUGACUUACAACGCUAGAAUCCGGGUUUCGAUACCCGUGGUGGGCAGAGCACAGAUAGCCCAUUGUGUAACUUUGUGCUUAAUUACAAACAAACAAACCCUUCCUAAUAUAUUAUUUGUAGUACGGUGUACUGUGUAGUACGACGAAAAAACUUAUCACCUGAUUUCUAGUACGUUUAUCGAACACUUACCUAUUAUAGAAUGUAAAAAAAAAGACACAACGAUUUUCAAACACAUCGUAGGAAUGUCAUGAAUAAAAUUAUAUACGAUAUUUUUCAAAACCAUUCAGUGAUUGAUACUACAAACAUUCGAGUGUAAAAUAUUAUUCUCCAGCUCAUAUGAACUACAGCAAAGAUGGUGGCUUCUAACAAAUCAUGCUGGAAAAAACUUGGUAAAUGAACGAGUCAUUAUGUAAACGUUACAAUCUUUUAUACUUCGUGCUCGUAGACAAAAAUCGUUUCCAAAUGAUAUUAAUGCGACCUAGUUAACUAUAUUAAAAUAACGACACAGACGAAAUGAAGAGUUCAUCGAAAUUGAUACUCAGUUAUAAUUAAGAAACAUGUGUAGAACUAUCUGGAUGAUAUGAACGAUUUUGUUUUAAAUUUCGCGCAAAGCUACACGAGGGUUAUCUGCGCCAGCCGUCUCUAAUUCAGCAGUGUAAGACUAGAGGGAAGGCAGCUAGUCAUCACCACCCACCGCCAACUCUU